UCAUCCCAGCACUCUCCUCACAGCACACAUCAUGGCAACUUCUCAGAUCGUCCUCGUCCUGGCUCUCGCUUCUUCGGUCAUGGGGGGCGACUUGCACCAUGGAGGAGGAGGACACCUUGGGGGGUUGCUGCACGGAGGAGGAGGAGGACACGGUGGACACUAUGCCCCGAUCUACCACGCUCCAGCCCACUACGCCUUCAACUACGGUGUCCAGGACGCCUACUUCGGCACCAACUUCGGCCACGCAGAGUCCCGCGACGGCUACAACACCGAGGGCGUGUACUACGUCAACCUCCCCGACGGGCGGCUCCAGACGGUCAAGUACUACGUGGACGAGUGGGGCUACCAUCCCGAGGUCACUUACUCGGGGGUCGCGCACCACGCCGCCGGGUACCACUAGGCUGUGACUCUCAGUGAUAUGUAGGGAUUUGUGGUUUUAUAUUUAUGCUUGUAGCGGCACUUAGGCGGUGCCACGUGUACUGUGUGUUGUUGUAGUA